AUGGCAGGAGGAAAGCAUCAAGCAUUUACGUACGCUACGCUCUUGGGUCUUGCAGGCGGUGCUUGCUACGUGCUCAAGCGUCACACUCCAUCACUUGUGGCUGGUAUGGUCCUAGGUGUCGGGUUCUUAGGUGCUGGUAUGUUGGUGCUUACAGAUACUAUUACGGACCAUCAAUUCGAGCACGGAACGUCGCUGGUCAUGUCAAGCGUCAUCUCGGGUAUUAUGGGAAGACGCGCAGCACGCACGGGACUACGAGCUCCUGCUUUGAUUGCAGCAGCUGGGACCAUCUCGGCUGGCUACCAUGUGCAGCAAUUGUGCAACCCGCCACGUAAGAAGCGUUACAUUCCCGGCGCUCCGCCCGUUCCGAGCAGCUACGAGUAA